GCUCUCGCGAGAGUUGGGCGCGUCCGUCUCCCCGGCGACGGCGCGGCCGCGUCUGCUGCGCCCAUGGCCGGAGCGGCGCCCUCGCCCGAGGCCGGCCUGCAGCAGGGGAGGGCCGGGGCCGGGGCCGGGGCCGGGGCCGGGGCCGGGGCCGGGGCCGGGGCCGCGCGGGGCCCGCGCCCGCCUCGCCCGCCGCCGCUAGACCCCUCGCCCUCGGCGCUGUCCCUGCAGACGCGGCUGGUGGAGAACCAGCCCUACGACGAGAGCCUGGACGUCACCGAGCCCGAGGACGUGGCCAGCCUCUACGCGCCCAGCCCCACCCAGCCAGGCCGCCGCCCGCCCGGAGCUCAGCGCAAGGCCGCCGUGGCCGAGGACGACAGCGAGGAGGAGGAGGAGGAGGAAGACAGCGAGGAGCGCCUGAAGGAGAAGGCGGCAGCGGCCCAGAUGGCCUCCCAGCAGCGCUUCAGCCAGAGCGAGGUGGGUGAUGAAGACGAGGACUCCUCAGAGACGGACUCGGAGGACGACGACGACGACGAGGACCACGGCAUCCCCCUGGAGGGGGGAUACAACCCAGUGGAGUAUGAAUGCCUGCCUGUAGCUCCAGAGAUCAAAGACCUUUUCCAGUAUGUCCGGAGGUAUUCCCCACAACUGAUUGACCUGGAUAACAAGCUAAGGCCUUUCAUUCCAGAAUUUAUUCCUGCAGUAGGAGACAUUGAUGCCUUUUUAAAGGUGCCCCGCCCAGAUGGGAAGCCAGAUAAUCUGGGCCUGUUGAUGCUAGAUGAACCAUCGAUUAAGCAGUCAGACCCUACGGUGCUCUCUCUCUGGCUCACAGAAAACUCCAAGCAGCACAGUGUGGCUCAGCAGAUAAAAGUGAAGAGCGUAGAGAAUGCCGAGAAGAAUCCCAAAGCCAUCGACAACUGGGUUGAGAGCAUCAGCGAGCUCCAUCGCUGCAAACCUCCUGCCUCUGUGCACUAUGCUAGGCCCAUGCCUGAAAUAGACACACUGAUGCAAGAGUGGCCCCCUGACUUUGAAGAACUGCUAGGCAAGGUGAGCCUCCCCACAGCAGACAUCAGCUGUAGCCUUGCUGAAUAUGCAGACAUGAUAUGUGCUACUCUGGACAUUCCUGUCUACAGGAGUCGCAUCCAGUCUCUGCACACACUGUUCUCGCUCUACUCGGAAUUCAAAAACUCCGUGCAUUUCAAUGCCCUGGCAAAGGACAAGAAGGCCACAAGCCCUCCCUCCAACCCUGCCUCGCAAGCUGGAGAGACGGAUCUUCUGAGCUUCCCCUGAGCCAUGCAAGGGAACUGCCCGCCCAGUCUCACCACAAGCACUGGGAGCUCAAAGGCAUUCUCUGGACAGCAAGAGUGAGGGACCCGCCCCCCCACAGCAGUUACAGCUGUAACAGUCUCAAAAGGCCCCCAAGUCACCCCUAGUUCAGCAGCCCACCAUCCCAGGCUCUUGGCUGUCAGCUUAAGUUUGGAUCUUACUCUGAUUUGUUCUGGACAGUGCCUGUGGGCACUAGUUGAAGCCCUAGUUAAAUUCUUGGGCCUUGUUCACCUGCCAGCAAGGAAAACCUAGCCCACCAACAAUCUCUCUCUCUGCCUCUGGCACAGGGUUCUGUGCUCUGAUUUGCAAGUGGAGGGAAUGUGGGCCUGGCUUGGUUUUGUUCAGCUACAAUAUUGUGAUCUUAUAAAAUCAAUACAACCCAGAAA